AUGUUUCGUGCUAGUAAUCGACUAGCACGAAACACGCCAAGAUAUCCAACUAACACCGAAUUCUCUAAAAAACAUGAACAUUCGGCAUACAGAGGAAACUCUCAAGAUGCCCGUAAUGUGCAAAAUCCAGAAACCAAUCUGGAACGUUCGAGGAGUCAUAACAAUGAGUCCGUCUCAAAUCAACAACGGUUUCUUCAAAAUUAUCCACGCUUCACUAGUGAGUCCAACCACCAAUUAGUCUCGAAGGUGAACAGCAACAUCGACCAAACUACAUGCGAACUCUGCCAAGGCAGACAUCCUCUCUCCGCCUGCACAGUGAAUAAGGAUGUACUCAUGAGACACUGUGCCACGACAGAGAGAUGUAUGGAAUGUACGUCCCUCCUAUACGCAAUCCACAACUCCCUCUACGUCUGA